AUGUCAGUGUCACAAGAUUUUCUUUCUGAAGCCAAAAGAAAAUUACAAGAACUAGAUCAAAAAGAUACAGACAGAAAAAGAACAGCCGAGUUAAAAAAUAAUUUAGAAGGAUAUACAUACACUACUAUGGAAAAGAUUGAAACUCUUGAGGAAUUUGAAAAGGUUUCUACAAGUGAGGAACACCGGUCCUUCAUUGAGAAGCUUGAUGAUCAAGUGCAAGAUUGGUUCAAAGAGCUUACAGCUCGACCAGCAGCAGUUGAGCAUGCUAAUAAAUACAUUGAUGAGCUGAAACAGAUCGUUCAAGAGUGGAGAGCAAAAAAGUCUUGGCUUCCAGAAGAACGAGUAGACGAGGUUAUUAGAAAUUCUGAAAAAUUAAAGAAUUGGUUGGAUGAGAAAGAAGCGGAACAGAAGAAGACUUGUGUAUUCAGUCAGCCAGCAUUUCCAUCUGAAGAAGUCUAUUCAAAGGUGUUUGAUCUACAAAACAAGGUUGUAAGUAUUAAUAGAAUUCCCAAGCCCAAGCCCAAGCCUAAGGUUCAAAAGCCUAUAAAGAACGAAACUGAGAGCAGGGAGCAGAAUACGGAUAGUUCUUCAAGUCAUCCAUCCAAUUCAGAAGGCGCAGGCGAAGAAACGGCUACUGAGCAACCGGUAGUUCAUGAUGAGCUAUGA